AUGGUGAACUGCAGCAUAAUCAGUUGUAAAAACUCAUCGAGGACGUGUAAUUCAACUAAUAAAGGCAUAACAUUUCAUCGAUUCCCGAAAGAUCCUGAUAUUAAAGAAAAAUGGAUAAAUAUUACGGGUAGACAGGACUGGUUCCCUACAGAAAAUAGUCGAAUCUGCUCAGUCCAUUUUCAGGAAGAGGAUUUUAAUGUCACUGCUAAAAGACGCAAUUUAUUGCAAUCAAGCAUACCCACAUUGAAUAUAUGGAAGCUAUGCUCUGAAAAUUCCACAGCAAACAUACCAUCAACAUCCGCUCUGCCGGUAACGUCUACGCUACCAUCUACUUCUUCACGCAAAAAUGUAUCCCCAUUACCAUCCUCAAAUCACUCGGAGAAUCGGCCAUCUAUUGAUCUUGAAACACCCAGAGAAAAGAAGUUACGUCGAAUAAUCGAGACAAAUAAAGGUGUAAUUACAAGACAGCGUUUAAUGAUUAAGAGAUUGCAAUGUAGAUUUCGGCGAUAUAAGAAAAAAAAUCUGGAACUAAAAUACAUGCUAGAGAAUUUAGAGAACAAGCGCUUAAUAACUGGAGAGCAGGCUUUGUCUUUAGAAAACAUGAAUUUGACCACACAAGAUUUGAAUAGCAGAUAUAAUCUAACAUUACAAUCAGGAAAAAUACGCGUGCUAAAUUUUUAA